UUUAUUCUUAAUAUAUUUCAGUAGUAAUAUUGUAUCACUAUGAUAUUCACGUUAAUAGUUAUUGUAUUUUGUUUACUUAUUUACAAUUAUUCCUUUAAUAAUAAAAAGUCUAGGAAAGCGGAGUUAAUGUCCAAAAUUCCAGGGCCAAAAGGGUCACUUUUUAUCGGCACAGCAGUCACUUUCCUCUUAUCACCAGAAGAACUUUUUCUAAAAUCUCGAGAAUUGUAUAAAGAUUAUAAAGGAAUCACCAAAUUUUAUGGAUUCAAUUUUGGAAUUGUUAAUAUUUAUGAUCCUGAUGAUAUCGAGACGAUAUUGUCAAACUCACGAUUUAUUGAAAAACGUAGUCCUUACACAUUUCUUGGUUCAUGGCUUGGCGAAGGACUUCUUGUCAGCAACGGUGCAAAAUGGCAGGAGAGACGCAAAAUGUUGACACCAGCAUUUCAUUUCAAUAUACUUAAAAAAUAUUUCCGUUCAUUUCUGGAUCAUACGCAACAGUUCUUCGAGAUUGUAAGUGAUGAAGUUGGAAAUGAGAAAACCGAUCUGAGCGCUUUGAUACGCAACUACACCUUGAAAAUAAUGUGUGAAACAACUAUGGCUGAACAUGUAGAUGUAACCAUGAUGAACACAGGCAUUGACAAAUAUUUUAAUGCAGUUUAUUCACUUGGACAGUGCGUCGUUGAAAGACUUUGCCGGAUUUGGUAUUACAAUAACUUUAUUUAUAAACUGAGUUCUGUAGCUCGCAGAGAGUCAAAAGCUCUCGCCACGCUACAUGAAUUUACUGAAAAUGUUAUAAGAAAUCGGAGGAAGUAUCUUGAAAAUAAAAAUAUUAUAGAAAUGACAGAGGAUGACGAGGUUUACGGCAAGAAAGGUCGACUCGCUAUGCUGGAUCUUUUGUUACAGAACGAGAGAGAGGGAAAAAUUGAUUUUAAAGGAAUAAGGGAAGAAGUGGAUACGUUCAUGUUUGAGGGUCACGAUACAACAGCUACGUCAUUGAUGUUUACGGUCAUGAGAAUUGCUAAUGAGCCAGAGAUACAGGAAAACAUAUAUAAAGAAUUAAAAGAAAUAUUUCAAGAAUCCAAUAGAAUGCCGACGUUGGAAGAUCUUAAUGAAAUGAAGUAUUUACAUUGUUGUAUCAUGGAGUCGCUAAGAAUUUACCCGCCGGUUCCAUUUAUAGCGAGACGUCUCAAGGAUGAAGUUGUUUUAAGUGGUUACACAUUACCAUCAGGGAUAGAUUGCUAUAUUUUCAUCUACGAUCUUCAUCAUCGUGAAGAUUUAUAUCCGGAACCAGAAAAGUUUAUACCAGAAAGAUUUUUGCCAGAAAAUCAUCAAAAGCGACACCGCUACGCCUACGUACCUUUUAGUGCUGGACAAAGAAAUUGCAUAGGUCAAAAGUUUGCGAUGCUGGAAAUGAAAACGUUCUUGUCUGGAUUGUUAAGGAAAUUUAAGGUGGAACCAGUUACCAAGCAUGAUGAAAUAACUUUUAGCUCAGACGUGGUACUACGUGCUACACAGCCGCUAUUUGUAAAAUUUCGUCCCCGAUCCCAGAAUUGUAACUGAUAAAUUAUGAGAUAGUAUUAUGCAGUUGAAACUGAAACAA